AUGGGGAAGGAGGGUUUGAUGGUGGCGAAGGAGCUCAAGCGCCUCCAUUGCCACCCCAUGCGCUUCGAGCGCUUCACGAAGACUCAUGUCUCACGCCUCCUCAAAUCCGACCUGGUUGCCGUGCUUGCCGAGUUUCAGCGCCAAAACCUCGUUUCUCUCUCGUUGAAGCUGUAUGAUGUGGUGCGGAAGGAAAUAUGGUAUCGACCGGAUAUGUUUUUCUAUCGUGAUAUGCUGAUGAUGCUUGCCAGAAACAAAAAGGUUGAUGAGGCUAGGAUGGUUUGGAAUGAUUUAAAGGGAGAGGAAGUCCAUUUUGAUCAGCAUACAUUCGGGGAUCUUAUCAGAGCCUUUCUGGACAAUGGAUUGCCAGAUGAAGCUAUGUGGAUAUACGAUGAGAUGAGAAGUUCACCUGAUCGCCCACUAUCAUUGCCUUAUCGUGUCAUAUUAAAAGGGCUUAUCGCGUACCCUGAUUUGAGGGAGAAGGUGAAGGAUGACUUUGUGGAGUUAUUCCCUGACAUGAUUGUUUAUGAUCCUCCAGAUGAUCUUUACAGUGAUGAAGGCCAUUCAGUAACGGAUUUUGAGGAGGAUUAG